UAGAUCCACUUUGUCUUAAAUCUGAGAAAUAUAGAUGAGCUAGCUGUGUUCACUUAGCGAGUUCAUCAUGCUGAGUAACUAGUUCGCGUAUCAUUGAUUAGAUAAGUGUGAUAGCUAGCUAUAUGACGGGAUAUUUAUGAGAAUAGCAAGCUAUCUCUCUUCUUUGCCUUGCAAGAAGGUGCCACUCAAGCCCUUUGAUUUCUUUGCAGAAUGAAGAAGAAUUUGGAAAAUGUUUACGAGGCUCAAAUCAAAGCACUCCAAGAAGAGAUUGCAGCACUGCAAGGCCAACAGGACAAGAAUGAGCGAGAGAUUGCUAUGAAUCUUGGAGGAGGACGCAUGCAAGAUGCUCUGUUGGUCAUGACAGGACAGAAGGAGACAGGGAAGAGAGACAUCACAGCUCACCUGAAGGCUGAGAUAAUGGAGAUGGAGGAAGAGCUCAUCAGACAGACCAAGAUGAAUGGAAUCGUUCUUCUCAACUGCUGUGUGAAGACUAUGGAGAAAAGCAACAAGAAAAUGGUGCAACAACACAGGUUGACGGGCCACUGCUCCUUCUUAGACUUCCAAGUGGAGUUUGAGCUCACUGAUGUUCAGGAGGAUACUACCCUGGUGAGGACGAUCACUGACCUCAACAUCGUCAUGGACAGCACUGAGUUUAAGGACUUCAGUAAAUUUGUGUCUGGAGUGGAGGACAAGAGACAUCUGCUGCUGUUUUUCAGGACCGUCAGGAGGUUCUCUGACAGAUGUGAAGACCGACGCAGAACAUUCCAGCACUUCCAGGAGAAGUAUCCACGUGUGGUCAGUUUACCCGGAGGCUGCAGGGCCGAGACCAUGCAGAUCAAGUCACCUAAACUAGCCGGGUGUGCUCUGACUGUCUACUGGAGCAUUGAGGUGACCAAUGAGGGGGAUGUCACACCCAAGAUAGACCUCCUUACCAAGAUGCCUGAGAAGGUGCUCGAGAUGGACAGCAGGAAGGUGAUCGAGAAUGCCCCCGACUCCUUCCAGAGUCUUCUGAGGAUCCUCGGAGCGGAGGCUUCUAUUGACACUGUAAUACAGUCCGUGGCCGUUUAACACGCCUGUAACUGGGUCACAUUCCGUUGGCAAAACAUUAUUCAUGCCAUUUCUAUCUGCAAUGUUCAGAGUAGAAAGAAAUGAGUCCCUUACUCUACCUGUCAGAGAUAUGUUUGUUCUAUAUUUCUAUCUGAACAUGGCCCUGGGUUGUGUUCAGUAGACACCGAACAGAAGAAAACAUUCAAUACUUGUCCAAUAACAACUGCUUAUUUUCCAUUGCUGCUUUGUACCCUGAUACACACAGCCUUGCUAUAAAAGUCAGGACAAUCCAUGUCUGAAAGGGUCACUUAAUUUGUAUAGUUUGAAAAUACUGAUUGUUGCAUUAUUUGAGCUUAAAAUAUUACAUAUUGGUUAUUGGAAUUGUUAAAACAAAUAUAUAUUUUCAAUAUGUCUCUUCCAUUUCUGUUUGGAAAUGCCCUUGAAUCAAACCAAAACAUGUCGUUUCUUUGACUUUAAAGAAUAUUUCUCUCAAAACUAAAAAAAAAAUUGUCUGGAGACUUGGUCAAGAAUCCCCCAGAACCCACAUUCUCUGUCAUCAGUUUAUUAAAUAUAAACAAUUCUUUACUCUCAAACAUUUAUAAAUAUCUGUUAAUGCCAUCUGUAUGUAUACAUGUCAAUAUAGCAUUAGUUGAAGAUCUAGAAAAAUAAAAAGAAUUUAAAUACAAAAUGCUAAAUAGCAAUGUCAUUUUUUUUAUACUGUACACACAAGUGUUAUCGCUUUGGUCUCACAGUGUUCUCUCUUAGGUCUCUCAGUGCGUGUGAUUUAGUUUUAAAGUGUUCCCUACAUAAAAAGCCUCUACUUUUCAUCAGAGUCCUAUUUCAUUU